GUGGAGCCAGAGACGCGAGCAGGAAGAGCCCGGCGGCGGCGGUGUCGGCGGCAGAGUUGGUGGCGCCAGAGGCGAAAGCGACAGCUCCCGGGGUUGGCGGCAGCCCCGAGAGCAGGAUGCGGGUCCGGGUCGGGCUGACGCUGCUGUUCUGCGCGGUGCUGCUGGGCACGGCCUCGGCGUCCUCGGAUGAUGAAAGCAGCCAGGAUGAAUCCUUAGAUUCCAAGACUUCUUUGCCAUCAGAUGAGUCAGUAAAGGACCACAGCACAGCAGGCAGAGUAGUUGCUGGUCAGAUAUUUCUUGAUUCAGAAGAGCCAGAAUUGGAAUCACCUAUUCAGGAGGAGGAAGACGGCCCCAGGAGCCAAGAAGGGGAAAGUGGCACAGAAGAAGUCAGCUUUUUAGAAUCUUCAAAUCCAGAAAGCAAAGAUUAUGAAGAACCAACGCAAGUACGGAAACCAGCUUUGACCGCCAUUGAAGGCACAGCACAUGGAGAGCCCUGCCACUUCCCUUUUCUUUUCCUGGAUAAGGAAUAUGAUGAGUGCACGUCAGAUGGGAGGAAAGAUGGCAGACUAUGGUGUGCUACAACCUAUGACUACAAGGCAGAUGAAAAGUGGGGCUUUUGUGAAACUGAAGAGGAGGCUACUAAAAGACGGCAAAUGCAGGAAGCAGAAGUGAUGUACCAGACUGGGAUGAAAAUCCUCAAUGGAAGCAAUAAGAAAAGCCAAAAAAGAGAAGCGUAUCGGUAUCUUCAAAAGGCAGCAAGCAUGAACCAUACCAAGGCCCUGGAGAGAGUGUCGUAUGCUCUUUUGUUUGGUGAUUACCUGACCCAGAACCUCCAGACGGCUAAAGAGAUGUUUGAGAAGCUGACUGAGGAAGGCUCUCCCAAGGGACAGGCUGCUCUUGGCUUUCUCUACGCCUCUGGACUUGGUGUUAAUUCAAGUCAGGCAAAGGCCCUUGUAUAUUAUACUUUUGGAGCUCUUGGGGGCAACCUAAUAGCCCACAUGAUUUUGGGCUACCGCUACUGGGCUGGCAUCGGGGUCCUCCAGAGUUGUGAAUCCGCGCUGACUCAUUACCGUCUUGUGGCCAACCAUGUUGCUAGUGAUAUCUCGCUGACAGGAGGCUCAGUAGUGCAGAGAAUACGGCUCCCCGAUGAAGUGGAAAACCCAGGAAUGAACAGUGGGAUGCUAGAAGAAGAUUUGAUUCAGUAUUACCAGUUCCUAGCUGAAAAGGGUGAUGUACAAGCACAGGUCGGUCUGGGACAAUUGCACCUGCACGGAGGGCGUGGAGUAGAACAGAAUCAUCAGAGAGCGUUUGACUACUUCAAUUUAGCAGCGAAUGCUGGCAAUUCACAUGCGAUGGCCUUCUUGGGAAAGAUGUAUUCAGAGGGAAGUGAUAUUGUGCCUCAGAGUAAUGAGACAGCCCUUCACUACUUUAAGAAAGCUGCUGACAUGGGCAACCCAGUUGGACAGAGUGGGCUUGGAAUGGCUUACCUCUACGGGAGAGGAGUUCAAGUUAAUUAUGAUCUGGCACUGAAGUAUUUCCAGAAAGCUGCUGAGCAAGGCUGGGUGGAUGGGCAGCUGCAGCUUGGCUCCAUGUACUAUAAUGGCAUUGGAGUCAAGAGGGAUUAUAAACAGGCCUUGAAGUAUUUUAACUUAGCUUCUCAGGGAGGCCACAUCUUGGCUUUCUAUAACCUCGCACAGAUGCACGCCAGCGGCACAGGUGUGAUGCGAUCCUGCCACAAUGCGGUGGAGUUGUUUAAGAAUGUGUGUGAACGGGGCCGCUGGUCCGAGAGGCUUAUGACUGCCUAUAACAGCUAUAAAGACGGCGACUACAAUGCGGCCGUGAUCCAGUACCUCCUGCUGGCCGAACAGGGCUACGAAGUGGCACAGAGCAACGCCGCCUUCAUCCUCGACCAGAGAGAAGCCACCAUUGUAGGUGAGAAUGAAACCUACCCCAGAGCGUUGCUGCACUGGAACAGGGCUGCCUCGCAAGGCUAUACUGUGGCUAGAAUUAAGCUUGGAGACUACCAUUUCUAUGGAUUUGGCACCGAUGUGGAUUAUGAGACUGCGUUUAUUCAUUAUCGUCUAGCAUCUGAGCAACAACACAGCGCACAGGCUAUGUUUAAUCUGGGAUAUAUGCAUGAGAAAGGACUAGGCAUUAAACAGGAUAUUCACCUUGCAAAGCGUUUUUAUGACAUGGCAGCCGAAGCCAGCCCAGAUGCACAGGUACCAGUCUUCCUAGCGCUCUGCAAAUUGGGCGUUGUCUAUUUCUUGCAGUACAUACGGGAAGCAAACAUUCGAGAUGUAUUUACCCAAGUUGAUAUGGACCAGCUUCUGGGACCUGAGUGGGACCUUUACCUCAUGACCAUCAUCGCGUUGCUGCUGGGAACAGUCAUAGCCUACAGGCAGAGGCAGCACCAAGACAUGCCCGUCCCCAGGCCUCCCGUGCCACGGCCAGCACCACCCCAGCAGGAGGCACCACCGGAGCAGCAGCCGCCGCAGUAACAGCCUGGAUCAGUGACAACCAAGGGAAUCGUCUGCGGAGAACACCUGCGUUCGGUCUGGGACUCAGGCUCCGUGGCCACUUGCUGGAAGAGGCACAGGAAGCAUUGAAUUCCUAAAGCUGCUUAGAAUCGAUGCCUUUAUUUUCAGGGAUAAGAAACUCUUACCUAAACUGAGUUGAAUUUCAGUGCCGUUUGGAAUAACAACUCUCAGUGGCUUUCCUUUUCUUGUUUGUUCUGGAAACACGUGAGACACUCAACGUAAUGUCUACUGUAUCCAGCUCUCUUGGGUCCUUUUGGUCAUUCUCUCAGUGUGCAUAAGUUCUCCAAUCAACCAUCUUCACGGUCUUGUGCAUCGACACUAAAAACUGAUGUGCGAAAAGGAAAACCCAGUUACUCGCAAGUUGAACCAUAACAUGUUUGAAAGUUUGGAAGUAGAACUUGCCUUUAACGUUAAAAAAAAAAAAAAAAAAAAAAAAAAAAAGGCUUCAGAAACUUUGCCAAUCCACAUGCAAGUACAUGUAUUCAGCACAUUUGUUACUUUUAAAGGGAAGGAAGGGAGGUUUCUGACUGCUGGUGAUGGUCAUAUUUUAUACCACACUUCUCUCCUUCAGAGACUGAAAGGCCUUGCUAGCGUUGUGUGUGAACUUCAUUUCUUUGGAAUGGAAUAUCUAUAAAACCUUAGGAACUGAUUCCUUGAGCUAACACAUGCAUUUGCCCCACCUACUUAAUGCAGUUUGCUUGUUUUAAGUACGCAGAGCCUUGAUCUGGAAGCCAGAGGAUGGACUAAGUGGGAGAAAUUAGAAAGCAAUAUUAUAGAACCCUGCAUGGGGUGCUAAGGCCAUAGAAUAGACUUCCUUCCCCAAAAGCUGACCCAGUAGCUCCCAGGACUGACUCAGUUUGCAUUUCUAUUGCAAAAGGAGCAGAUCACCCUCCUGAAUUCUCUUAAGUAUGAAAUAUAAUUGCAAAAGGUACGGCGUAUGGUGACUACCAUUAUAAUACUAAGGCUGAGUGAGUCGGGAUCUAGGAUGCAUGAAGCUCAGUGGGUGAGGACAGCCAAAGCCUGUUCACACUGUUCAGGUGGAUUUUUAUUUUUGCAGUUUUAUGUGACAGUAGAAAGCCACUUGCUCAGCUGUCCUGUUCACCACCCUCCCACUGUGAACACUAGAAAAAUAAGGCUAUUCCACUUGAGAAUUGUCUGAUUAAACUGUAUGGAAAACAACCGUGAAGAAAACUUACGUACGAACUUCACAUAUCUUGCAAAUGAAAAAAUUAAACAGAGUUUGUAUUUCUU